ACCACGUACACCGAUGCAUCCAUAGCAUCGAGCUCUCUUGGCUGGAUUGCUAACGGUCUGUCAGGUAUCACACAUUGGGCUUGAAGGGGGAAGAGCAGCGGUGGAGAAGAAGGGCGACCCAAGCGCCGCUACGAAAUGGCCGGGCAACAGUUCCAGUACGAUGACAGCGGCAAUACCUUUUUCUAUUUCCUAACGUCCUUCGUCGGACUUAUUGUGAUCCCGGCCACAUAUUACCUCUGGCCCCGGGAUCAAAAUGCUGAACAACUGCGCCUAAAGAGCCUGCGGAGGGUGCACGGCAGGUGUCUGUGGUAUCGGCUCAGGCUGAUGAAGUCGCAGCAGAGCAUCGUGCCAACACUAAAGAAAGCAGCCUUGUUAUUUGGGUGGCUCGUGUUUCUGCUGCUGGCCUACAAGGUGUCUAAGCUGGACAGAGAGUACCAGGAGUAUAAUCCAUAUGAAGUCCUCAGCUUGGACCCGGGUGCAUCGCUGUCAGAAAUCAAGAAGCAGUACCGUGUACUGUCACUCAAGUAUCACCCCGACAAAGGUGGCGAUGAGGCCACAUUCAUGAGAAUUGCUAAGGCCUAUGCUGCUCUAACCAAUGAACAGUCAAGGCAGAACUGGGAAAUGUAUGGAAACCCUGACGGCCCAGGAGCAACCAGCUUUGGCAUCGCCCUGCCUGCCUGGAUUGUUGACCAGAAGAACUCAAUGCUGGUGCUGUUGGUGUACGGACUUGCCUUUAUGGUUAUCCUUCCUGUUGUUGUGGGGACAUGGUGGUACCGCUCAAUCCGAUACAGUGGAGACCAGAUCCUCAUCAACACCACCCAGCUCUUUAUGCAUUUCAUGUGCAAGACACCGAAUAUGAACAUGAAACGGUUAAUCAUGGUGUUGACGGCAGCACUCGAAUUCGAUCCUCGCAACAAUAAAGAAGCAACCAUAAGACCCACAGACAACGUUGAAGUGCCGCAGUUGAUCCGUGAAUUAGGAAAUAUCAAUGUGAAGAAGAAGGAGCCUCCGUUCUACUAUCCCUACAGUCUGAAGGCCAGGGUGUUGGUGUUAGCUCACUUGGCCCGCAUGGACGUGUCUGAGGAAUUAGAGGAAGAUCAGAGGUUUGUGGUGAAAAAGACUCCAGCGCUUCUCCAGGAGAUGAUCAAUGUGGGCUGUCAGCUUAUUUUUAUGGCCAACAGCAGAGCUUCAAGGUUCAGCGUGUGUGGUGUGUCGAGAGAAGCUCUUCUGCAUACCUUGCUUACAUUAAUGUUUUUGGGGGUUUUUUUUGCAGUCCUUGAUGAUGAAGACAGUAGUAACAUCACGGCAGGCUCAAUCGUCACAGUAACCGUCACCUUAAACAGGAAACGGAUGGCGGACAUGUUUGAACAAGAGCAAGAGCCAGUGCCGUGUCAAGGAGAUGAGACUGCCACUACAGAGGAAGCGCAAGGAGACACAAGUAAAGCCAAAACCAAAGUGUGGCAGAACAAGAAUAAAGGGGCUAAAAAGACAGCCAAGUCCAAGAAGAAAAAGUUAACCAAGAAGAAAGCCACUCCUGCCCCUGCCAAAAACAAGCAGGCCAAUGGCACCGUGGCAGGAAAUGAAGUCGCAGCAACAACAACAACAGCAGCAACUGUGGCGACAAAGGAGGAAGAUGAUGACGGGUCAGACAAAGGCAGCGAGUCAGACGAGGGCGAAGCCAACAAGGAUUCUCCGAGCGAAAGAGACGAAGACAGCGACAAACAGAGCGACACAGAAGUCGACGAGAUGGCUGGCGACGACGAGGAGGAGUGGGAAGCGUUGCAACAAAGCAUCCAGCGGCGAGAGCGGGCCCUGCUAGAAACCAAGUCAAAGGUGACACACCCGGUCUACAGUCUCUACUUUCCAGAGGAGAAGCAGGAGUGGUGGUGGCUCUACAUUGCUGACCGCCGAGAGCAUACCCUCGUCUCCAUGCCCAGUCACGUGUGCACGCUAAAAGACACAGAAGAGGUGGAGCUCAAGUUUUCAGCCCCCUCCAAAACGGGCAACUACCAAUAUUCUGUUAUCCUUCGUUCUGAUUCCUACCUAGGACUGGACCAGAUCAAACCACUCAAGUUGGAGGUCCACGAGGCCAAGGCCAUUCUGGACAACCACCCGCAGUGGGACAUCCCCGACACGGAGGAGGAGGACGAGGAGCAAGAGGACAGCGACGGCAUCGAGGAGAGUGAAGAUGACGAUGAGGACAACGACUGAGCGCGUGCGUACGCGCUCAGCCCUCCCCUCCCUCCUCCCUUUACCCUCUCAUGGACUUGGCCACACAUUCACUGCUGACCCCGCUCAAGCCAGAAAGCAGUCAGUGAGGAGCAGCGAAGCCACAAACACUCACAGAGUCACCGGGGACAGUUUCUACACACAGAGCCCUCCUCCAUUUAACCUUUGCAAAGUCAUGGACUGUGACCUGAA